AAAUGGCUAAAGAGUGUCAUGUGUAUUUACUGGGGCUGAUCAUUCUCUGUCCACUUCCCACAGGUACCAAUGGAGCAGAAGACAUUGUGUUCUUCAGAUCUGGUGAAAAUGUCAAUCUGCCCUGUAAUAAUGCUCUUUCUGACUGCACAUCAACUACAUGGUACUAUAACAGAGAUUUAAACACAAUUGAACUGGUUGGUUUAGGGAAACUGAAGAACAACAUAGAGAGACGUGAGAGACUGAGUGUGGGCUCUGACUGCUCUCUGAACAUCAAGAACGCCACAAAAGAAGAUUAUGGAUCUUACAGCUGCCAACAAUAUGUGAAAGGAGAACAACAAGGAAUUGAUGCGCUUGUUUAUCUGACUGUUCUACAUGUCUCUUCAUCACUCUCUCAGGCUGAGAUGAGAGCAGGCAGAUCUGUGACUCUCAAAUGUGAACUGGAGUAUUCUGGAGUCUCUUGUGAUAGUUUGUUCCGUACUGAAGGAUAUCAGCUGGUGUGGGUGAAUCAGGCUGAAAGGAAUCUGGUGACAGACAACAGAUAUAAGAUAUUCUCCUCAAGUCCCUGUAUGAUCAGUCUGACUACAACACUCCUGAAUGAAGAUCACAACAGAGAGUGGAGAUGUCAGCUUACUCAGAACAAUCAACUGAAGACCUCAGCCUCCUUUACUGUCAAGUACUCAGAGAGCAGCUCACACGCCCAAACCACAGCAUCAGCACCAACACAACAAGGUAUUAUCAUGUUUUUAUCUUCCUAUUAGUUCCACAAAUUGAUCAUUGCAAAUGGGGUGGCGGUUGGCGGGUGAGGGGGAAUGGCCUGUGUAGUUUGGUUGUGGGUUGUGCGGUACCCAGCAAAACUGAAGGGGGGAGGGGGUGCUUGGGUUUAGGAGGGGGUUGUGCAGGCGACCGGCGAAAGUGGAGGGUCGGGGGGAGGUGGGUGUGGGUUCACUUGCCGUCGCAGGGGCCCUAAAUUGCCCGGGGCCUGUGCACUCUGCCCC